UUUCCAACACUAACCAACAGCACUAAUUAAUAACAGCGAAAAUGCAGCAAUUUAUUUAUUUAAACUAGUUUAAAAACCAUAAGAAUUAAGUGAAAGGCGAAUAAAUAGUGCAAUUAUGUUUCUACCCGAAACAGCUGUGUUCUGCAUCACAUUGCUCACAUAUGGCGCGAUACUUUUGCUAUUAAUUUACUAUGUGCUAACGCUAGCUGAUUUGGAAUGCGACUAUUUAAAUGCACAGGAGUGCUGUCGCCGUCUCAACUUUUGGGUCAUACCCAAAUUUGGGUGCCAGGCGCUGCUCUGUGCGAUGCUUCUCAUUUGCGGACACUGGGUAAUGUUUCUGCUGAACUUGCCCAUGGCCGUGUGGUUGUUCUAUGAGCUACAGCGACAACGUCGCGAUAGCCUGGGCGUCUACGAUCCUGUUGAUAUUCAUAGUCGAGGAUUACUGAAGGUGCAUUUGAGGAAUUGCAUGAUUUAUCUGGGCUACUACUUUGUCAUGUUCUUCGUGGGGCUUUACUGCUUGAUUUCUGCGUUGCUCAAAGGCGAUCCCAUCAAACGUCAUGAGGACGAUGAAAUUAUUACCGGCUUCUAAGUCUCUCCAACUCAAAAGAC